UGUGUGCCGUAGAGACAGUAAUGUGACCACAGACGCCUUUAAGAUUCUGUGAAAUGAAGCGUUAUGUAUGACCCUGCAAAGACCCGUGGAGAUUUUUUGAGGCCGGACAUUAAAUGACGCUGAUAUUUGGAAAUAACCGGGGUCCGCGCGAAGGAGAGCGUGCGCAAUGUUGAAGGAGCGCGUGAAAUAGAGUUUAUAUUCUCUAAUUGUCUAGCGGUGAGUGAGUGAGUGGGCUAAAACUAACACCAAGAGGAUUAGACUCCUGUUACCGUUAGACAACCGAUAUCUUAUGACUGGAGCAAUGUGAAACGCUGAUAUCGCUCAUUCUUCAGUAUAUUGAGGAAUAAUAAUGAACAACGCGCAAGAUAUGUCUCCCGAUUUUGUCUUGAUGCGCCUGGUCUCCGCGGCCGAGGAUGACCGCUUGGACGAGGAGAAUGGGAAUCUGUCAUCGACAGUGCAGGAGGUCUUGUCUCAUGGAGGUAUUAAGGGUAACUUUGAAUGCACACAGAAUCAAAUGGUCGGCCUUGCCCGACACGGCCACAUCUCAGCGGUGAACAAAGCUCCGCAAGCCAACGGAACGGAGGCACCUGACACUGGAGUGAUGGCGACUAGACCUUCGCUGUCUGUACCGCCUCCCCCGCUUCAUUCAGCCGAGGCCCACGGGUACGAUCUCACGCACAGAGGUGGAAUGGGGCCUCAGCUAUUGGUAUUCAGAAAUAUAUCGAGAGACUCUGCUGAAAAUAAUUCGGAUGAUCAGAGUCAAAUCAGGGCUUUUGAAAACCAAGCGGUGCUUGCCUCCGAGUCUAGCGGCAGCAUCAAUAGCAACAUGCUCAGCGCCGUGGACGCUCAGCAUCCUCCUACAUGGACGCUGCAUCCUCAGCUCAAGCUGCCGACGGGUGCUACAGAUACGGAGGCAGCAGAGCUGUGCAACCGGCAUCGUUUGGUCACAGACCAAAAAGAUAAAACCAACGCUGUUUCGAUGACAGAGCCCAGCUGGAGCUGCACAACGCCCGACGGUCCUGUGUUAGAGCUGGCGCGAAAAUUCGGGGAGCUGGGAGCUGCUCCGGUAACCGAUUUUUUGCUCAAAGACGGCGAGCUGCCUCACUGUUCGUGUCAAAGCGUUCUCGGUUCGGCGGUAGCUGGAAUCAGACAAGGCGACGACCCGACCGAGACCAGCGAUGCGCUGCUGGUGCUGGAGGGCCUCGGGUCAGAAGAGGUGAAUGGCCUGGGCAUCAAUACCUGCCAAAAGACUGAGUCACACAUUCCUGAACACGGAGAAAGGGACAUGGUAAACACGACGCCAGGUGCGUUUACACUCAAAUGUUUCCCGUCGGUACUGUCCGGACAAGCCAUGGGGGUUUCAGGGGGACUUUGUAGUGAAUCGCGGCUGUGUUGUUUGUUACGAGACUCAGUAAACACUAGGGCUCAGGGUGAUACUACCACCGACAAACUGACGCCCGAGGUCCUACCCAGCCAGGCAUCCACUCCGAAGGCCUGGCCGGACAGAAGCGCGUCCCGAGCGCAUGGGGCAAGCGGAGGAGAGAAGACUCUGAAAGUACCAGGAAAAUCCAGGAAGGGCUCGCUUAAAAUCCGCCUGAGUAAACUUUUCAGAACUAAAAGCUGUAGUGGCUCUAACAACCUUUUGGACAAAAGACCUUCAGUAACAUUCUCCAUUUCCUCAGCUGGCAGUUUAGUUGACAUGUCAGGAGCGAUUGGUGGGGAUCAAGACUCGGGCAGCCAACCUGGACUAACAAGGGCACAAAGUGCCUUCUCUGCAGCCUCUUUUACUCCUAUUUUCACAGGAGAGACUGUGUCCUUGGUUGAUGUGGACAUCUCUCAGAGAGGGAGGAACUCCCCUCACCCUCCCACGCCUCCACCUCCUCCACGCCGGAGCCUCAGUCUGCUAGACGAUAUAGGUGGGCCGCAGCCUGGGCCUUUCCUUGUGAGUGUAAUGGGGGCCUCCCUGCAGUCUCUCCCUCUGCCUCUUCCUCCUCCUCCCCCUCUCCACGCUACCAUCCAGCAUAGUCUCAGCCUCAAUGAUGCUUUCUUCCGGGCACUUCCACAUUCGAUCACAUCACCAAUGGAGACUCCAGCCCCUGCCAGAGUGGCCCCGCCCCCGAUCAUUUGUCCACUGAGAGGGGCCGAUUCCAGCAGCUUCACUGCCAGUCUGAGAGAGCUGGAGCGGGUCAGUCCAAGAAAAUGCUACAGCACUGACAGUCAGGAAAUGAUAGAAAAUCAUCAUUCGUGUGGCUGGUAUUGGGGGCCGAUGAACUGGGAGGAUGCUGAAAUGAAGUUGAGAGGAAAGCCUGAUGGCUCAUUUUUGGUGCGGGACAGUUCAGACCCACGAUACAUCCUCAGCCUCAGCUUUCGGUCACAGGGAGUCACGCAUCACACACGCAUGGAGCACUAUAGAGGAACCUUCAGUUUAUGGUGCCACCCUAAAUUUGAGGAUCGCUGCCAUUCUGUGGUUGAAUUUAUUGAGCGAGCCAUUAUGCACUCAAAAAAUGGAAAAUUCCUCUACUUCCUGCGUUCACGAGUACCCGGACUGCCUCCGACCCCUGUGCAGCUGCUCUAUCCAGUCUCACGCUUCAGCAAUGUGAAAUCACUCCAGCAUUUGUGCCGUUUCUGCAUCCGACAACUCGUCCGCAUAGACCACAUCCAGGAGCUGCCCCUCCCCAAACCACUUAUUGUCUACCUGAGGAAGUUCUAUUACUAUGACCCAGAGGAAGAGAUGUACCUCUCAAUCAAAGGCAUGCGCCAGGCAGCAAGUGUGGAACAGGAAGCCGAGUCUGAAACAUAGCCAGAUCGGUCCUUUUCACUGAUUUCUGUGUGUGGAUAAUAAGUGGAACAGUGCAUGGACACUUCCUGGUGCACAGCUCUGCUCCAACUCCCUGCCAGUCUUCCAGCAGAAGCCAAUGAACAUCAGCAGACUGGCACCUCCUCUUUGACCAAUACGCGGACAGAGGGAGUACAGAGGAGUGCUGGAAUACUGUCUAUGUUGAGCAGGCAAAUAAAUUCAGAGACUGAAAUGAUAGACAAUGGACUUGAAAGGUCACUGGACAGCUUACAGUGGACUUAAAAAAAUAAUAAUACAUUUUAAAAAAAUAAGAACGAGGGCAUUUGUUUUGAGGUACUAGCAAAAGCCUUCAUCUGUAGGAUACUUCUGGAAUAUUACACUGGAGUUUUUAAACUGGCCAGUUUGUGAAUCCAUCUCCUCUGUUUGGUUCUUCUUUCUUUCCCCAGCAGGCCCCUGUCCCUGGGUGGAGUCUGUGACCCCUUUAUUUGUCCUUUCCCUGACUGUAACUCCUUCAGUCUGAUAAGGCCACUUGAACUGUAUUUUGAGUAAAAGACAAAGUAAACUUGAAAAUAAG